AUUUCUUCUGAGUUUGUAUCUUCAUGGACAAAUCAAGCCAAGUCAUAAGCAAAACACAAGCCCCACUUUUCUAAUGGGGAGAUAACUAAAUAGAUACAAGUUAUAGACAAAGGAGAUAGGAGGCACUCUGAGAAAGAAAGGUGUGUGUGGGGGGGGGGGGUAGGAUAGAAAAGACCUGGAGUAGGAGAGAUCUGAGCUGAAUGCUGAAGGAAGUCAAGGAAACUAAGAGAAAGAGGUGAGGGGAUAGACAAAGCACACACACACACACACACACACACACACACACACACACAAAGGAGAUGGGAAUGGUGUGUUUGAGGAACUAGUAGGCUAGCUAGUGGAAUAUGGAAUGUAAAAAUGGAGAGUCAAGUGUAAGGAGCCUGGAAAGGAAGAAAAGGAAUAGAUUAUUAAGACUCUUACUGCCAAACAAAAGAAUUUAUAAUCAAUCCUGGAGACAAUAGAGAGCCACUGGAGGUCAUUGAGGAGUGGGGUGACAUAGUCAGAUCUAGGCUUUAGAAAAAUGAACUUGGCAGCUGAGUGGAAGAUGGACAGGACUGAGGAGAGAAAUGGGGCAGGAGAUGGGCUAAACACUAUAGCACUAGUCCUGCUGAGAGGUGAUGAGGGCCAGCAGUAGACUAUGUAUAAAGGGAAGAGAUACAAAAGAUGCUGUGAAAGUUGAAAUGAAAAAAAUUUGACAAUGGAAUAAAUGGAUAUGUGGGGGGAGAUGGUGAGCAAGUGAGAAAGGAGUGUGGGAUGACACUAAAGCUGUGAGCCUGGGCAACUAGGUAAUGUUGCCCUUGACAGUACUAAGAUACUUGAAAAAAGAGAAGGAUUUGGGGGUGAGAAGACAUUAGUUCUGUUUUAGAUAAUGUUAAAUUGAAGAUUUCUAUAUGCUUGAGAUACCCAAAGGCAGUUGAUAAUUUGGGACUGUAGUUCAGGAGAAAGAUUAGAGAUAGAAAUAUGGAUCUGCACUAGUAAUAAAAUCUCUAAAAUGAAGGUAAUGGAUUGACUGAAAUAUUGGUAGGGAGACAAAGAUGAUUUUCUAUAUAACCUCCACCAGAUUAGAUCAAGAAAUACAAACUUUAGAACCUUUGUUCCUGGAUUUAGAUUUAAAUUUGAUGUCCCAUGUGAGAUCUUUAAUUACCUUGGCUUCUCUUCUAAAGCAAGAAUGACAGAGCUAAACUGCUAGUCUUGCUUUGGAAUGAUGGGCACAUGACUGGAUAGAAUAAAAAUUGUUUCAUGGGGUGAGAAAAAAGAGUUUCUUAACCAUAACUGGUAAUUAACAUAUUAAGGAAAAUACUCUAUAAAUCAGUAAGAUUUAUAAUCCAAAUUUAGAAAUGUGGUAUAGUGCAAAGGGGACUGACAUUCGAUGUAUCAAGGUGCCUCAUUUUCCUCAUCUGUAAAAUGAGUGGUUGGUCUCUAACUCUCAAUCUGUGAUCCAAAGCAAAUAUAAUCACUGCAUACACUCAUGGCCAACCUCCCUCCAAAGAAAGUCUCAUGAAUUUAGCCUAGGGAGAUUUACUAAGUCAAACCAAAGCGACCAGAAUUUCUCAUACUCCACAUAAGACAGCAAGAAAAAUGCUUCACACAUGAUGCCCCCCAUCCCAGGAUUAGGUGCUUUAGUUGGACAGAUGAGGAAGAAAACCAACCAAGAAUGGCUAACUCACACAAUCUGUUACUUUUCAGCUCAUCUAACCUUAGAAUGCUUUCCCUUUUCUGCUCAUGGCACUCACUCUCUACCUGUUACUGCAAAUCAGUGAUGAGGCAAGGAAGGCCAAGGGGUGGUGUUCAUUCCCCGUGGAUUUUAGUUUCCCUAAUCAGUGCCAGCACGAAGUUAUGGGGAUGAGUCAGAGUCUCUUCCGCUUUGCUUGGGGACACUUUCCUCUUGAUUGCUCCCUGCCUCUUUUGCUGGCCUGACCCAGAUAUGGCAUUAGGUAGAGAAGACUGCUUGGCUUUGGUGCUGUCCAGAAUUGGAUCCCAGAUCAGGAGAAGGAGGUGCCGGAAUGUGAAUGACAACUGAAAGCAAUUAAGAAACAAGAUUUCAGAGGAAAAGUCUUGAACUCCACUGAAGUAUGCUAAUUGGAAAGAGUUUGGGAAAGGUGCAAUGAACCUGUGGGCCAAACACACUCCUGGCAUUCAACCAAAUCUGGGAAAGACCACUCUGAUGCCAGCAUGAUGCAAAUAUCUCAGGGCACGAUUGGUACUCCUUGGCACCAAAAUUAUCAUUCCAGUUCCUCUACAAGUGAUGUCUCUAAUUAUAGCCAUGCUUAUCCAAGAAGGAGCCCUGAUCAGUACAGCUCACAGGGAAGCAUGGAGAGUUUGGACCACAGUGGUAACUACCCUCCAUGCCACCUCCUCUCCCCUGCCAAGUCCAUCAGUAGCAUUGAUCAGCUUACCCACCUCCACAACAAGAGAGACUCUGCGUAUAGUUCCUUCUCCACUAGUUCCAGCAUCAUUGAGUAUCCCCCCACCAGCUUCUCAUCCCAGGAAUGUUCUGACACUGUGGCCACCACACCUGCCCAAGGCAGCCUACUAGAAGGGAUGAGACAGGCUGACAUCCGCUAUGUCAAGACAGUCUAUGAUAGCAAGAGAGGUAUCUCUGCAGAGUAUGAGGUGAACUCUUCAGCAUUGCUUCCCCCCAGUGGAGAGUCCCAGGAAUCCAUGGGUGAUCAGGACUAUGACAAGUGGCAUAAUCAUCCCAGAAGUGGUAGGGUGCCACUACUAUCCUGGAAUCAACAGUGCUCCAGUUCUCAUGAAACAGACUCCAACAACCUUCCCCAUAAAGUGGGUGCUCCCAUGCCCCCAGCUCGGAGUGGUAGUUAUACAAUUCUCAGGCAUUAUGAGAGGCCCAGCUCCUGGUCUAGCUCUGAGCACAACAGGUAUGGCCGACCCCAAUCAAGCUUCCCUGGAACCCUAAAGACUUCAUUUCCAGAAGAACAUUUACACACUCUGCUAGAGAAGAGUCCAGAGAACAGCCCUCCAGUGAAGCCCAAGCAAAGUUAUACCCAAACAACCCAACCAGGCCAGCCAAUGCUCCCUACCAGCAUCUACCCUGUACCUUCACCUGAACCACACUUUGCCCAAAUGCCUCAGUCUUCUGUGAGCAGUAAUGGGAUGCUCUAUCCAGCACUCAUCAAGGAACAUGGUUAUACUGCCUCACUGAACACUUCUGACAAGAUAGCUACUCUUGAAAAUGGCAAUCAAAAUGGUCCCAGUAAGAAUGCAGUUAUCUUCUACCAGGCCCCAGAUUAUAACUCUCCACCCCUGGUAGAGAAGGUAGAAACCCUAGGCAAGUUUUUCUCAUAUAAACCCCAUUUCAUAUCAGAUUCUGAGAACCUCAGGGGCACCUCCCUGAGGAAAGAUGAGCCAAGGAUUUCUGAAGGUGACUAUAUGCUCCCCAGUGGGAAAGAAGGCCUGUGUGACAAUGUACAGUUCUCCAACCAUCACACCCCUCGGGGUCUCAAAAUAGAUGAAAGUAAGCUACUUUCUAGACCCUCAGAGCCCAAAAGGGCGGAAUUCCAGGAGUCUCCAAAUGCCAGACUUCAAACAAGACCAGAAAGAGAAGACCUCACUGAAGACUCAUGGAAUACCUCUGGCAAAACUAGUUCAAGCUUUUUAUCUCUACAGCCCAUUUCUCCAAGUACCAGGAGGCAAAAUAGCCAGGAGAUACAAGUGGGGCCUCAGGAGGGAAACCCUGACAAUAGAACAGCCUGUCUGAUCAAUAUGAGUAAAAUGGAACAAGAACCCAAAAAGACAGUUCUUGAGCGAAGGGACCAUUCAGACCAGCAAACUUCCCGUGGAAGGCCUGAGGGAGGAACUAAAGGGCCAUCCUCUUCCCAUAAUUCUGAACCAAGGCAUGAGGUCCACAGGCAGACAUCUAACCUGACCCAGAGGCAAUUUAGUUCAGGCAAUGCCCUCCACAUCUCUCAUUACGGGAAACCCCACUUCUCUGUGUUGGAGAAAGUCAAUAAGUUUGAGCAACGUGAACAAGGGAACUGGAGACCCUCAAGUGUGAGCAGCUACAUCUAUAAGACCAACAAUUUGGAACGGCCACCCAGCAGGGGGAGCUCCAUGAUCAGCCUUGAAAACCACCAACGUGAAAUAAGUUUUCAGGAACCAAGUCCAUCCAUUGGUUCCAUAAAUGUUGGGGAGAACCUUGUCAAAGAUAGUAAGAAAAAACCUGAAGCGGUUUCCUGGUAUCUUCCUGAGCAUCAACUGAAGAGGGCUGGAGAUGGUGGACAUGGACUCACACACUCAGAAUCUAAGUCCCUCAAAAGUGCCCCUCUCCUGCAACGCAGCCAGAGUACUUUCCACCUUUCCAACAAGGUUGAGGAGGAAACUCUGUGGAGAGAGAACAGGUCUAGCAGUCCUGAGUCACCAGUAUUUGAGGUACCCUUAAACCAGGCCUAUCGGAACAGUAUCAAGGAUGCUCAGUCACGGGUCCUAGGAGCCACUUCAUUCCGACGCCGGGAUCUUGAUCUGGGUCCUUCUGUGGCAUCCCGGGCAAGGCAAAGGGCAAGGCAGAGGCCAGCCUCUGCCCACUUGGGGCUGAGGAGCCCAGAAACAACAUCAAUGUCUGCUUCCCCUCAUAUCCCCAAGGAACGGCAUAACAUCACUCCAACUGAGGGGAGCCCACCCAGAGAAGGCCCAGCAGCCCUGGUGGCCCGGGUUGGAGGCCGGAAACGAUUGACAACUGACCAAAAGAAGCGUUCCUAUUCAGAGCCAGAGAAGAUAAAUGAAGUGGGGGUGUCUGGGGCAGGAGAGCCUUCUGCCUGCUACCCCCAGAGGAAGGAUGUGCCCUUUGGCUUCCCAGAAAACACUGUGGCAAACAGGCGCCGCAUCUUUGAGAGGGAGGGAAAAGCUUGCUCUACCCUUAACCUCUCCAAGCCAGAGCUGAAGCAGUUUCAGCAGACUGCCCUGGCUGACUAUAUUCAACGCAAAACUGGGAAGAGGCCAUCCUCGUCAUCUGGCCAUCGACCAGAGAGCCAUAGCCUCAAUGCAGCUUCAAGCAUGAAUUCCCUGCAGGAGCAAAGCCCAAUCCCCAGGAGAGGGUCUGCCACACUGUCCAUAGAGCUGAUAGAAAACCUGGAAAGAAACAGCCCUGAAGCACAGGUUGGGCCACGAGAUCGAAGCAGUUCCUCUGCUUCCAGCCAUCUCCGAGCUGAACGGCACUGGCAUCCCAAGAUGGAACCAGCACAGGUGCUUUGGCUUGGAGAGGCCAGUGGCCAGCCCAGUCAUCCACAGAAAGUGACCUGGGCCCCUGAAAAGCCAUUUUCCCUGGGAACUACAAACAGGGGGGCAUCAAAAUCAAUGUCGGCCGAAGAUCUCCUAGACCGGUCAGAUGUUCUGACUGUCCCUUUCCAUUCAAGGUCCAGGUCAUCCCCCAUCUCAGAUAAAAAGUGUCAGGAUAUGCUUCUGAGGGGAAACAGUGACUACAGCCUUCUAGGAAAGGUUCCUUCCAGUUUGGUUGGUCCUGGAUUCAGGCAGUUCAGUCAUUCAGGAAGAAGUCAUGAAGAGAAGUCAUCACUUCCACAUUACCCUGGGCCUCACCUAGGGCCCCACACAGUACCAAAUGGCUCAUCUGUUCCUAUGGAAUGUUCAAAGAUUCUAGACUCUCAAAGGCCUACCAGCAGAUCUUCAGCCUUUGGGCCACCGCUAGCAGCAAAACAAGGCCCUUUUGUAUCAGCUCAGACCUCUGGAACUAACUCCACUUAUUCUCCCAGGCCUUAUCUACAUACUGAAAGAGAUGUCCUUGCUGGGAGGCAGCCUUCUCCAAAACAACCCCAGAAUCCAAGAAACCUUGAAGAAAAUUCUGUUGAGGAUUUAGCUGAAAAUGAUAUAAAGAAAAAUAAGGGUCCUCUACCUCAGAGGCCUCCUCCCCCACGAGUGAAAUGGUCCCAAUCACUCAGAGAAGACAACUUGCCUGAGCCCUCUUUACCUUUUGGGGUACCAAGUCAGAAACACUAUCCACAGCAUCAGAGUCUGUCAAGCACAAGUACCACAUGUCACCCCAACAGUCUCCCUGGACUCCUUACUGUGACAGGAAAGGGCUCCCUCCCAAUAUCUGAGUCAGCCUUUCGGGCCAUCCCACUCCCUCAGGAAGAAGAUGAUGAUGAAGUGUUUGUGCAAGAAUCAAGACCCAGACCCACUCCCAACCCCACUUUCAAAACUCUGCCCCUAUUACCUCCACCACCACCACCCCCUUCACCUCCUCCAUUGGACCUGAAGGCACAGGAUAGCAACCUGGAAGAUUUUCCUCCACCUCCUCCCCCAAUUACAUAUGAAGCACUGGGGACCCUGAGCAGUGAGACUUAUGAAGAAGAGACCUGUACCAGCAAAUCCAAGAUGAUGCUUGCAGCUUCUCAAAGGGCUUCAACUUCCAGACCCAGCUCUUUCAUCAAGACUCUAGGAGCUAAGCAGACAAAUUUAUUAUCCCCUUUGGCUGCUCAGAACCAGCCAAUUGGAAUUCUUGGGGAGCAGUCUAGCCCAGAGCAAAUGCUUCCCACCCAGUUCCCAAAACUUAUCCAAAAGCCAAAUAACCUGACUCAGGAAUUGGCAAAGGGCAGCCCUGGCCCUGAGAAGACUCUAGAGGACAUCAGUACAGAGACUCUAGCCAAGCAGAUUGUUCACCAAGACAAAUCCCUGGCAGAUAUUUUGGAUCCAGAUUCCAGAAUGAAGACUACUAUGGACCUUAUGGAAGGCUUGUUUCCACAGGGCCCAAGCUUCCUGAAGGAAAAUAAUAUAAGAAAGAAGGCAAUACAGAGAAUUGCCAGUUUCCCAGUAUCUGAAGGGAAGAGGAGCACAGAGAAAGAAAGAGUGGGAAUGUUGAUCAAUUGUCCUGCCUACUAUAAUGUGUCUGCACCCAAAGCAGAGCUCCUGAACAAACUCAAGUCCAUGCCUGCAGAGGGUGAUGAGGAUGAGGACCAGCUGGAUGUCAAUGAAAAGAAGGCCAAACUCAUCAGAAGCCUGAGGCAUAAACUGGAGUCCCUGAAGGAAGCAAAAGAAAGUUUGUUCAUGGAUAUAAAGCUCAACAAUGCCCUGGGAGAAGAAGUGGAAGUUCUGGUCUGCAAACUCUGCAAGCCCAAUGAACUAGACAAGUACAAGAUGUUUGUAGGCGACCUUGACAAGGUUGUGAACCUCCUGCUUUCCCUCUCGGGACGUCUGGCCCGGGUAGAAAAUGUCCUCAGUGGCCUGGGGGAAGAUGCUGAUAGUGAAGAGUGGAGCUCUCUAAAUGAGAAGAAAAAGGUGUUAGCUGGACAGCAUGAAGAUGCUCGGGAGCUCAAGGAGAACCUAGACCGGAGAGAGCGUGUGGUUUUGGACAUCUUGGCCAAUUACCUCACCACUGAGCAACUCCAGGACUACCAACACUUUGUGAAGAUGAAGUCAACACUCCUCAUUGAGCAGCGAAAACUGGAUGACAAGAUCAAACUGGGGCAGGAGCAGCUUAACUGCCUGCUGGAAAGUCUUCCCAGGGACUUCCUCACUGAGGCCAGGACCCCAGCUGCCCCUUUGACUCCCGAAACUGAGAUGACCCCUGAUGGAGACUGUACAUUCAGAAGUGGGCUUCCACCAUUGAUCUCUUCCCUUUAGCCUUAAACCCUAUAAGACCUAACAAAGAACUUGGCUUUACUCUCAAGAUUAUUUAAUAUGAUCAGUUUUCAAAUUCCAGUUCAAUUUAAAAAAUUAUAGGAUUUUGGCAUUUUUAAUGGGAGGGAAAAAAUGGAAAAAAAAUACACUUCUGGAGUUUGGGGUUUUUUUUCUCCUCCCAGUUUCCCAAAUGUAAUCCUUUCUAUUUUUCCAUGGUAGGAAGAAGAACACUGAACCUGGAGGUUGGUUAAAGGGUGGUUGAUUCUUUAGCUUUUAACCAGACUGAGACAACAUAAAACAAGUAUGUUUUACCUUCAAGAAUAUGUACUGAUCUUCUGUCUCCUGGGUAAAGUGCCCUAUAUAAUGAUAGAGUAGAUAUGCACUAAAGAAGGGUCUGUAAAAUAAAGUCUAAAAAAAUAUGAAGAGAAAGGAGGGGGAACCCUAAACAUUGUCACUAUUUAUAUUUUUUAAAUGAAUAAGGAUGUGUAAAUGUUUGUUUAUAUGCUAAUCAGUUACUUAACUCUAUGGUGGACACAGGAAACCCUAUUAUAAUGAGGUCUUUGGUGAAAAUCUUUAAUGAGACCAAGAAGCCCAAAGAUAAGUACACCAAGCAUAAGAAUCUGUACUCCCCCUCCCCAUCUCUGUCUAUUGUCUGUCUGUCUCUUCCCCUACGCCUAUCUCUCUGCCUCUCUCUUCAUCUCUGUCUCUCCCCCAUCUUCUCUCUCCUUUCUCCCUCUGUCUCUGUCUCUCUGUCCCUGUAUGUCCCUUUGUCGAAGUAAUUCAAGGGAUAGAAAGUUAAGGACAAAAUUCUGUUCUCACUUAGGCUAUCCUGAAUAGAAAAUGUUCCCGGGUUAUCUACUUUCUCAUCACUGUGUCUUGGAACGGAGUCCCACUUCUGACACAUACUGUGACUGUUUUCCUUGGGAAAUUCUCUUCACCUCUGACUUCUGGUGAUGUCACAAUUAGCCAGCCACAAGUGACUUGUGCCACCAAACCCAAAUUAAAAUGUAAUUGGAAAGUCUUUAACAACAACAAAAAUAAUUAAACUAUAAUACAUGAUGUUAAUGACAUGUGGUUUUUAAAGUCAAUAUGCAGGGCCCAAGGAUAAGUUUCUACUUGAAUUUGACAUCACUGGAGGCAAUUCUAAAUUGCCAAAGAGGCAUUGGCCUGCCCUGGUAGAGGGAGGUCCCAAUUUGUUCAAGCAGGGGGCAAAUUCAAAAUGGAAAUGAUAUCAUUUCCCUAGCCAAUUACAAGCUGAACUCCUUCAUCCCCAGUUCAGGACUUGGACUUCAUUCAGGGGAGUGCUGAAACCAGCUUACACUGAUGUUAAAUGUUCAGCCUAAGCAUUUACAUUUUAGAAAUCAGCAAACUGCUGCAAAGAAGGGUUUGAUUUAUUGUCCUGUUGAUUAUUUGGACUUGUGAAAAUGAUGGAUGUUAAUAAUGUUAAUAAUGCAGAUUAAACUUAAGUGCAUCAUGAGUACUUUUUGGGGAGGGAGAGCUAGUUGUUAAACAUUUACCAGCACACUCCUGGAAUUAAUACAGCCUGACAUUUGGUGUUUGGGUGUUUGUUUGUUUGUUCUAACUUCCUAAUGAAAUUUACACGAUGUUUUAAGGAUGCUUUUUUGUUUGCUUGCUUUUUUCUAAGAUGGUGGAACUUGCCAGCAACAUUUUUCUAUCAGUGAGAGAAUUUUAUUUUCAUUGUCUUUUUUAGAUAGGAUAUUUCAUACUUACAAAAUAUCAUGCCAUUAACCCGAUCUAAAAAGAUGGAAAUGAAGUCAAAGGACCAAGAGAGAAAAAUCACUCUAGCAUUUUUAGUGAAUUUAUCAGUUGUCAAGAAUCUAUUUAAGGAGUAGUAGCCAGGUAAGCAAAAUGACUCCAUUAGAGAUCUAUCCCACUAGGUGCUGCUGUGACUAGAACUCUGGGACUGGAGUCAGAAAGACCUGAGUUCAAAUGUGGCCUUAGACACUUACUAGCUAUGUAACCCUGGGCUUAUCCCAUCUGUCUCAGUUUCUUUAUUUGUAAACUAGGGAUAGUAACAUGUUGUAUCUCUCCAGGGUGGUGUUGAGGGCAAAUAAGAGAAUGUUUGCAAACCUUAAAAUAUUAUACAAAUGCUUGCUAUAGUUAUUGUUACUACAAAAUGGUAUGCAAAGACAAAAAAAUAAAUAAUGCACAUUUGGUGUUUUAAACUUA